AUGGCGGAUGAAACACCUGUUCGGAGGAGGCAGAACGCAGAGGGCGAUGCCGAUGCAUCCUCUGAAGACGUCAUCGCCACGGAGACGACAACGUUGCUGAAUUCCGAGACGAGCUCGCGAACGCUCCGAAAUGGAUCCCCGGCCGGGAGUCGCCGAGGCCGGGACUCGGAUGAUGGCGAUGAGGAUGAGGAUGACGACGCUCCUAAACAGUCCAUCGGCACGGCUCGCGCCGCCGUUCUCAUGCUCAGCGUCUGGAUGCUCAUCUUCCUCCAAGCGUCCAACACGUCGGGAAUGACCAUGACCCAAUCCGUCAUCGCCGAGGAGCUGCACGCCUACGAGGGCGCCAUGUGGUUCACGAGCUCGUAUCUCAUCAGCAUGGCCUCCCUGGCGCCCCUGAUCGGCCGUCUGGCGACCAUCUUCCCGCCCCGGAACCUGGUCCUGCCGCUCGGCGGGUUCUUCGCCGUCGGCGGCAUCGUGACCGCCAUGGCGCACUCGUUCUGGGUCCUCAUCUUUGGCAGAAUCGUGACCGGGACCGGUGGCGCCGGGAUCAUGACCUUGUCCGUCAUCUUGGUUCUCGAGCUGGUUGGGAAGAAGAGGCGAGGCAUCUUCGUCGGGCUCGUGAACGCCGGGUUCACGAUCGGCUUGUCGUUUGGGGCCGUCGUGUAUGGGGCUUUGUUGCCAGUCAUCGGAUGGAGAGCUCUCUUCGCAGCCCAGACGCCCAUCGCCAUUCUCGCCGGCAUCGGCGCUUUUCUGAGUAUCCCCAAGUCCCUCAACCCGGAGCAGGAAACGAAAACGCAGGGCAAAUCGGUGACACAGAAACUCGCCCGCAUCGACUACGCGGGCGCCUUCAUGCUGGUCCUAACAAUCUCUCUGUUCCUCUACGGCCUUUCAGGAGACAUCCAAUACCUGCCCCUCCUCCUCUCGGCCCUGGGCCUCGCAAUUUUCCUCACAAUCGAGUUCAAAAUCGCCACGGACCCCAUCAUCCCCGUCACGAUCCUCUCCUCCCGCCCCGUCCUCCUCUCCUGCGUCGCCCAGCUCUUCUUCAUGUCCAUCCGCUGGACCCUCCUCUACUACACGCCAAUCUUCGUCCUCGCCGUCCGCGGCGCCGCCCCCGCCGUCGCCGGCUCCAUCCUUAUCCCGACCAACAUCGGCUUCGGCUCCGGCGGCCUCAUCGUCGGCUGGCUGCACGUCCGCCGCAGCGGCGCCUUCUGGCUGCCCUCCAUCGUCGCCCUCUCGUGCUUCGCCGCCACCAUGUUCGGCCUGUCACUCGCCGGCACCGUCGGCACCCCGCUCUGGCUCUUCGUCGCCGCCGUCGUCCUCAACGGCCUCGCCACCGGCGCCACACUCAACUACACCCUCGCACACCUGCUGCACCUGAGCGACCCCGCCGAGCACUUCAUCUCGACCAGCCUGCUCGGCACGUUCCGCGGCUUCGGCGGCAGCUUCGGCACGGCCAUCGGCGGCGGCAUCUUCUACCGCCUCCUGCGCUCGGGUCUGGCCGAGAGCUUUGCUAGGCUCGACGGCGGAAGCUUGAGUCCGGAGAGGGAGACGUUGAUCACGAGGUUGAUCGGCAGCCCGGCCCUGGUGUUCAACGGUGGGCUGAAGCCCGUGGAGCAGGCUAUCGCGGUGGAGAGGUACGCUGGCGCGUCGAGGGGGACGUGGCAGGCCGGUGCGGCGUUGGCUGUCGUCACGAUCUUGAUCCAGGCGUGUUCGGGGUGGACGAGUCCGGUCAGGGAGGUGGAGGCCGACGAUGAGGCGGAGGCGAGGGCGGCGUUGAUGGAGAAUGAGGGCGUUGGGGAAGCGUGA